AUGGAGGCUUCAGGCGCAGACAAGGGAUUCUUUCAGAAACCGCCCGUUCUGAAUAAUCAGUUCUACGACGAUGUGGCGUUCCAGAGAUGCUUUAAGCUAUUCCUUCCGAAACACAUCAUCCGUCAAGUUGAAGCUGAAGUGGCUGCUCUUGGAGGUGAUGUUCUCUCCGACGAGGUCUUUUCCUGGAUCACAGAUGCGGAGCGAAAUAAACCAUAUGUCAAAGGCUCAGGUCGUGAUGUGUUCGGCCAGUGGAAGGGCGACCUAGUCACUGGCGAAGGAUGGCGUGGUCUCCAGAACUUUGGUCUGUCUCGAGGCUUCGUUGCGGCCGGAUAUGAUACCGAGUACGGUCCAUUCGCACGAGCAUACCAGUUCUUGCGUAUACAGCUUUGGACGCCGUCGUGUGCCAAUGUCGGCUGUCCUUCUGCCAUGCAAGACGGUGCCGCUCGACUUUUACAGACACACCUCAUGAGCCCUGAACUCUCAAAACGCCUAACGGACACACAGAGAAGAGUGUUUGAGAAUGCGUUCCAACACCUCACCUCAAGAGAUGCUUCAUAUGCCUGGACUAGCGGGCAGUGGAUGACUGAAAGAACAGGAGGUAGUGAUGUAUCGCUAACAGAAACCACAGCAAUACAUCAACCUACCUCCGGCCUUGAACUGGCAUCCAAGGUCGAGGAUAUCCCCCUAGGACCCUGGACUAUCAGCGGCUUCAAGUGGUUCUCUUCAGCAACCGACUCAAGAAUGACUAUCCUCCUCGCCCGUACAUCCAAAGGUGGGCUCUCGACUUUCAUCGCGCCAAUGUAUAAGCAUGAUCUCCAUGCUCUUACGGCCACGGGUCAAGCAAAAGAGAAUGGAGAGAAACUAAAUGGUGUGCGCAUCCAACGACUCAAGAACAAAUCAGGCACGCAGUCCCUUCCUACAGCCGAACUUGUGCUCGAAGACAUGCGGGCUUGGCUUGUAGGCCAGGAAGGUCGUGGCAUUCAGGAGAUUGCAAAUGUCCUGACAUUGACUCGAGUUCAUUCUUCAGUUUCAGCCGUAGGUUAUCUAGGAAGAGGGUUAGCCAUCGCAAGAGCUUAUGCUCGAGUACGAGAAGUAGGUGCAGGGAGGGGAACCCGGAUGAAGCUUACAGAAAGCUCCUUACAUAUGAGAACGCUGUCCAAGAUAUCGUGCGAGUAUCGAGGACUCAUGCUUCUUUCCAUGUUCACAUCUUAUGUUCUUGGAGUCUCUGAGCAUGGUGUCUCCUCGACCUCAAGUCUCUCACCAGCACUUGAGACACUUACACCCUCAAAACAGCAUGCUGCACCUCUGGUCCGAGUCGUCACACAGCUUACAAAAGCCUAUGUCUGCAAAGCAUCUGUCCAACUAAUCUUCUCAUGUAUGGAAUCCCUCGGUGGUGUCGGGUAUCUCGCCAACGAAGAACAAGAAUACCUCAACAUAGCCCGUUUGCAUCGCGACUGUGCCGUGCUGCCCAUAUGGGAGGGCACGACAGAUGUGCUAAGCACCGAUUUUCUACGUGCAUUGAAACAUCCCAAGGGUGGCCGAGAAGCUCUUGACGCUCUUGAAGACUUUGUGAGGAGAGGUAUUGCUUCCCAAGGAAAGAUACCUCAACCUCAAGGCUGGGACCCACUGGAAGCUUGGAAGGAAUUGAGACAGCGCAUCGAAAGUGAGUCCUUGGCAGAUUUAAUGGGCGACGCUAGGGAAGUUCUCUGGGGUGUUGCAGAUAUACUGGCAUCUAUCUUGCUUUUCAUCGACGCGGGCAGUGAUGGUGAUCAAGUCUCAUCGGACAUAUUCUUACGCUUCCUCGAGACAAAGAACGUUGUUACGAAGCGAGAGAAGGUGUCGGCAAAGGAACAGCUUGUGAGGGAUAUUGGGGUUGUGUAUGGAAGCACCGCAAGUGACAUGUCACCUAAGCUUUGA